AUGGCCUCGAGCACAGCCAACAACACCGGGCAGGACGGUGCCCUCCCCAAUGUCAACCUCAAGCCCCUCUUGACCAAGCUCUGGCCGACAGACACCGUCGUCACGCCCGACGAGAUCGCCGACGCAAUCUCCCACUUUUUCACAAACCAGGUCAGCGAGGCGCAGACGGCGUCCCUCCUCAUGGCCCUGCACUUCACCAAGCUCGACUUCAAGGCCGACGUCCUCGAGCGCUGCGCAUAUGUCAUGCGCAAGGCCGCGGCACCGAUCCCCGUCGAGGAGCUGCAGAGCGUCAUACAGGCGCGGGGAAGAAAAGAGGGCACAUACACGGGCGGGCUGUGCGACAUUGUCGGGACUGGAGGCGACAACCACGACACCUUCAAUGUCAGCACAACCUCCUCCAUCCUCGCCUCGUCGCUGCUCCUCGUUUCCAAGCACGGCAACAAGGCCAGCACGUCCAAAUCAGGCAGCGCCGACAUGGUCAACUGCAUGAAGCCCCGGCCGCCCAUCAUCAGCGCCGUCAGGCCGGAGACGCUGGUCAAGGUCUACUCCAACACAAACUACAGCUUCCUCUUCGCACCCGUCUUCCACACCGGCAUGCGCUACGUCGCGCCCAUCCGGAAGGAGCUCCCCUGGAGGACCAUCUUCAACAACCUGGGCCCGUUGGCGAACCCGGUCGAGGACGUGCUGGAAGCUCGGGUCAUCGGCGUUGGAAGGCGGGAUCUCGGCCCCGCGUUUGCUGAGGCUUUGAGAGUCGCCAAGUGCAGGAAGGCAUUGAUCGUCUGCGGAGAGGAGGAGCUGGACGAAAUCAGCUGUGCGGGGAACACACUCUGCUGGAUGCUGAAAGAGAAGUCCCCCGGAGGCGAAGUGGUGGUCGAGCAUUUCAAAGUCCACCCCAGCGACUUUGGCGUCAGCACACACGCCCUGAGCGAUGUGUCUUCUGGAAAGGAGCCAGAGGAGAAUGCCGAGAUUCUGGCCCGUAUCCUCAAGAACGAGCUUCCUCUGGAUGAUCCGGUUGUCGAAUUCGUCUUGAUCAACACUGCCGCCCUUCUUGUGACGUCCGGCAUCUGCGAGGCGGAUACCAGUGACAUGGGUCACGGCGAUGAUGGGAAUGUCAUCAAAGAACGAGGUCCUGGUGGCCAGCGCUGGAAGGAAGGGGUGCGAAGAGCGAAGUGGGCCAUCACAAGUGGUGAGGCCUGGAGACAAUGGCAAGCGUUUGUCGAAGUUACCAACGAGAUUGGCAGCUGA